AUGUGUAAGAAACAGAGUGGUACAACCGCACUCUUGGAUAUCAUCCUCCAAUUCCUCCUAUUUGUUCCUCCUCUUUCGAUCGCAAUGCGACUUCUCAACGCCUUGUCAAUUGUACCCGCGCCAUUCUGCACACUACCUCCAAACAUGUCAAAAGCAACAGACGCCGCGGCCAAGAACGUGGAGUUGGCGCUCGAGUGA